AUGCUCAGGCAGACCAGAGAAUUCCAGAACAAGGACGAUGCCUACUGUUUUUCCUUGGCCAAAGCCCUCUAUUGUGUUGCCACUCCAGUGACGUCCUUCCUUUCCAUCUCAGGUUACAUGCGCCAUCAAUCGUGGAAGAAAGACCAGCAGGAAUUCCACCGGACGGGGUUGAAACAGCGAGGGACUUCUGGUUGGGAGCUGGUCUCCAUCGUCUUCCUUAUGAUUUUCUACCGUCCCGUCCUGACCCCACAACACAAGCAGAGGAAGAACGUACAGCACAUCUUUAUUAACUUUAGUGCCUGGGAGUACGCUGGAAGUGACCAGCUUUGGGCAGGACUCAUUACUGCCCUGUGCGAUGGCAUCGAGAGCCACUUUGGCCUGGUCCCUAUGAGUGUCUACCGGGCCGUGGGUCGAAAGUGUGGCAUUGUCGAGGCCCCUCUUUCCAAGGAAUGGAUCAGCAAGAAGUACCUCUGCCUACCCCUAUGGGCUGCCAUCCUUCUGGUGGCUGGUGUAGGCAUUGGAGUGGCCGUCCUCAUCUUUCUGUAUGGCAUCCCGUUUGGCAACACUUCUGGGGAUGCCAUUGCUGUGGUUGAGGGUGUUGGGGCCACAGCAGUUGGAAUCACAGCAGCGGCCGCCAUCAGGAUGGGUGUCAUGGUGGUGCGGAACGUGGUCAUCACCCAGAAGGCCCAGCUGGAGAGGCAGAUGAACCGGACAGACCUCAGCGCCCAACUUGGCUUCAUGAGCAACGUCAAGAGGGAAGUCAAGAUCAUUGCCAAGUUUCUCCAGUUCAUGGAAAUCUUCCAGCGGAGGAAGCUCCGAGUGGUACUGGAGAUCACCAGCCUGGACCGCUGUAACCCUGAUAAAGUGGUAGGCGUUCUUGACGCGAUGAACAUCCUCCUCUCGGACUAUGAGGCUCCGUUCAUCUCCAUCUUGGUAGUGGACCCGAGUGUGAUUGUGGACUGUGUGGAAAGCUCCCUGUACAUGAAAGGGAUGGCCAACAAUGGCUACGAUUACCUCAACCGCAUCAUCACCUUGCCCUUUUCAGUCCCCAAGACAGACAGAAACACCAAGAUACAGCUGAUCCAGAGAAUGGUAGACUAUAGGGAGGAGCAAGAGAAAAGUCUUGAAGAUGAUGAGGAACUGGGUGAGGACUUCCAGCAGAAGACUGAAACAAAGGUUCUUAAUGGCUCACAAUUGUGCUGUUGCCAUAAAUCUGCCGAUCAGAACAUGCCCAGCAAAAGCAGGGACAACAGCCAGAUGCCUUUAGUGGUGGUCAGUUCUCCUAGGCAGGAAGAGCCAUUGAAGAGAAGAUGUGGGAAAGGCUUCAAAGCCAAAGAUUUGAUCCAGGAGGCCUUUGAAUACCUGCUGGAUGAAAGCAUGAAGGAGUACGUGACAGACAACAUGCUGCAAAUGAAACGGAUCAUCAACACCAUCUGUGUCACAGUCAGGCUCAUGGCAACGGAGGUUCCUCGAGACAAGCUUUGUCCGAAGAAGGUGGCAUCCUGGGUGCUUCUUGUCAACCAGUGGCCUUGCCGACUGAGCUGGAUCUUGCAGUGCAUUGAGGAUGAUGAGCAGAUGGGCCGCUUCUGUAUGGGCCCAGGUUGCCAGCUCAGCCCGGAUUUCUUUCUGUGGGAGGUGUAUGAGAAGUACAUGGAAGAGCUGGACAUGAUUAAAGCCCAACUGGAGAAGAUGCUGGAGCUGGACGGGGACCCAGAGCUUUUCCACAGCUUCCUUUGCGAACGGUUCCGGGUGGAGGACGCCAACUUCUUCCUCCCCUACACAGUCAACCUGGAUUCCUCCUUGAAGAGGCAAAUGGAGCUCUUGCGAGGCAGCCGCAGCCUCAACCGAACCAAGAAGUCUCACGGACCUUCCAAAUGCAUCCUGUUGGGGAUGUCAGUAGACGAAAUCUGCAAGGAGAUGGACAAUCUUUCUCUGAAAGAGGAAAAUGCCCGGCGGUAUAAAGAGAGACUGAGGGAGCACCAUCUGGAUGGGCGAGCACUGGUCUACAGCAACCGAAACGAGAUCAAGGAUGCUCUGAGCAUGAGCCUUGGCGAAUGGAUGGCCUUCAGCAUGUAUUUUCUGGGUUCUUUCUCUGCCCAGGGAUUCUUCCCUUCAGCAACCCCUGCUGAAAAAAGACGGCUAGGCUUUCAAGAGAGCACUCCCAACGGAAGCAAAUGGUCCUUAUCCAAGGAAAAUAGUCACAGGUAA